ACAAGGGACAUCAGAUUCACAAGAUUCUUCGACGUAGUCACAACAACAAAAACAAUCCCUUCAAAAUGUUCGUGAAGUUCGUCGCACUCUUCGCUCUGAUGGCCGUCGCUAGCGCCAGUGACCUGUCCAGCUUCGCCUACAGCGUGGCGGACCCCUACACCGGUGACUUCAAGCACCAGAUCGAGAACCGCGUGGACAACAACGUCGCUGGCCAAUACUCUCUGCUGGAGUCUGACGGCACCCGCCGCACUGUGGACUACGCCGCUGGUGCUAAUGGCUUCAACGCUGUCGUACGCAAGGACCCCGCUCUCAUCGCCGCCGCUCCCGUCAUCCCUUACGCUGCCCCCGCCAUCGCUCCCAUCUCAUACGCCGCUCCUUACGCCUACGCCAAGUUUGGAAAGUUCUACGGCUCUCCUUUCCCAUACGCUCACUACUACUGAACCUAGACCACUGAAUUUGUAUUUGUAAAUAUCGGCGCUGUAAAUAAAAUUAUAUAUUUCCUGAACUUCUAUUGA